AUGACCCAGCCUGCGGUCAGCAAGUAUGUGCGACGCGUGGCGGAGGCAAUCGUCCACGCCGGAGCCCGCAACAAGUGGGUCCAUUUCCCGAGGACGUCGGAGGAGAAGGCGGCCGUGAAGGAAGGGUUCCUUCGACGCGGCUCCAUUCCCGGCGUCAUCGGAUGCGUGGACGGCAGCCUUAUAGCCAUCAUCGCACCGAAGGGCGAGCAGAAGGCGGCAUUCAUGUGCAGCAAAGGCUACUACGCCCUCAACACAAUGUUCAUAUGCGACGCAGGCAUGCGGAUCCUCGCCGUCGACUAUCAGCGACCGGGGUCAGACCACGACGCACACGUCUGGAGAACUACGUGGUUGCAUCGUGGGUUCCUGGAGGGGCAUAUUGCCAAGGCCGGCGAACACCUCCUCGGUGACAGCGGCUACCCCCUGGAACCAUGCCUCCUGACUCCAGUCACAGGCCACCCUCCCUUACACACUGCAGAAGGCAGGUACAACACUGCACAUGCUGCCAUGCGGUCCGUAGUAGAGCGGGGCAUUGGGCUUCUGAAGAGCCGCUUUCGCUGCCUUCAGCGGUAG